ACUCAGUCUUUUGAUUAGUAAGUCUGUCUUGUACUAAUCAUUCUUCACAUUUUCAUCAUUGUUUUCAUUUGGCACGCUUCCGAAAAAUCCAGUCAUUCUAUUUGGUUUGUUAUUUUUAUCCAGCUACCAAAAAUCAGUUUUGUUUAAUCAUCACUUGAGCAAAUAAUAAAAGUAAAACUAAGUCAAACAACAGUAAUUUCUCUAAAACCAUCUCUGCAAAUCGAAUCAAUCAAGCAGAUUACCUGGCCAGAUAAAACCAGCGCGCCGUCGAAAAAAUCUGCCAAAAAUCAAACGACUAACAUCAUUCAAUAAAUUUUAAAAGUAGAAAUAAAAGCUAUGGGACCGCGCUUGUUACCAUUGAAUGAUACUGAUACUUUUUAUCGCAUAUCAAGCAAAAAUAACAAUUCGAGUUUGAAUGAAGACCACAAUACCACUCCACUAGAUUUAUCGACUUUUCAAAACUCUAAAAAUAAAAGAGUUACACUUCUGCAAUGCAACCGCAAACCGAUUGAGAAUCGGUUAUCUCUCCAAGGCUUUCGCAAAAACAAAAACAAAAAUAAACUUAGUUUGUCUCCAAACUUCGACCCAAAAAUUCUCAAAUUGGUCCCUAAUGAGCACCAAUCAUCAUCUGUGAAAGAACUUCUGGCUGAAAUUUUACAAUCUUUGGAUGCCAAAAUUGUGGACCAACACUCCAGCGAAGCCUCGAGGGCUCACUUUGGACUCGACAAGCAUAAAAAGUCAAGACAUCCAGUGGAGUCUCUAACCGGUCACACGUUGUUUCGAUGCACAACCCCAGAGUCCGUAAAUCCAGGCGUCGAAAGCGUUUUCAGCGCGCAAGAAACCAGCAAUUCCAGUUCCAGAAGUUCAUUUCUAGUUCGUGAUUUCUUGAGGAGUUGUGGCCUAGAACGUUAUGAGGGAUUGUUCGAGGAGCAGGGGAUCUGGAGUGAACUGGACCUGCAACUCCUGGACUACUCGGACCUACAGUUCCUCGGAGUUCACUCCCACAAAGACAGAGAGCUUAUCUUAACUACAGUCUCUAGUUACCUGGCUUCGGACAAAAUUGUGCUACUGAAAUGGCUUCGAAUGUACCAGUUGAAAUUCUUGUGGACUCCCUUAGUAAGACAAGGAAUCGACAGUCUAGCAAAACUUUCCCAACAUGCACAGAAAACUCCGAGCAGGUUGAUGGAGCAGCUAAAUUUGAAGACAUACGGAGCACAGAAGAGGUUCAAGCUAUGCUGUGCAAAUCUGGAGGGAUACAUCGCUUCUAAUCACCCGAACACACAAACGAACAACGAUAACUCCGACCAACUGCAGAACUCUGAAAGGCCAAUCGGAAUCAACAGCCAAUCACAACAUGCCACAUCAUCAUCACAUGAAAAGUCGCCCACAAGUCUAGUGACGUCAUCUACUUCAUCCAUCUCUAGUGUGGGGGAUAAUGAGAAAGAGGCGAGUCCAGGGGAGGGGAGGGGGUUGAAAAGGGGGAGCGAUAGCAGCAGCAGUAGAAGUACGCAUCGAGUGUGUGAGAAGACAGUGGCCGUGGGGUACUGGGGGAGGCCUCAGUCUCUCCAGGGGGCUACCAGUGACUUCCUGUGUGUCCAGGCAGCCCUGAAGGGGGAUACCAGUCCCAACUCACUCGCAUGUCAACUUGAGUUCAUGGUCGACAGUGGGUCGGACGUGGUCACGUGUAGACCUGAGCUGCUGCAUAAAUUGGGCUGCAAACUGCUGGGCAAGAUAGAGAGCAGGGGCAUCCACGCCACUGUGGAGAAGGAGCUGUACAGGGGCUACUUGCAACUGGGGGGGCUGCUGGUUCCCGUCGAGGUCAUGCCAGAGAAGUAUGAGUCAGUUGGCAGUGGGGUGAUGAGACACUUCAAACACUACAUUACAAAAGACAGCCACUUUUGGCUCAUGCCAGCAAACUCGUCAUAGCUUCAAUGAUAAAAAGAGCUUCGUUGAUUCCAAAAUACGCCACAAAAAGUUGACGACUGAACGACCAAACGAGACACAAUGUAAAAAUAACGACUUGUGAACACAAUUGCGAAACUGAACUUCACAACUAUCAAAAACAAAGUGGCGUAAACGAGGUGUGAACGAAAGUGACUGACAGGCAGUUAUCAUUGUGUGCACUCUUUUCCGUCCUUGAAAUUUCUCCAUUCAGCGAACAGGAAAAAAACUUGAAAACAGCCGGACUGUUAUUUUUCGUUUGAUAUG